CUGGCUGCGAGUCAGUGCAGUCGACUUACAGCGGGCUGUGAGGAGAACUGGCGCCACCCUUUUGUCCCCAAAUACAACUCUUUUCAUACGCUAAAACUUCUUGAAGUUUCUUUAAACUCGCGCUCGAGUACUUACACUCGCUUGGUUCUCGAGGAGGUCGGGUUAAACUAGUUGUUUUCGCUCUGUUUGAAGUUAAAGGCUGGGCCUUUACUCGCGCUCCCGACGAGAGAGAGAGAAGAAGCCGCUCUUUCUGCGAUUAAAAGUCCAUCCAUGCUUUUUACCAAAAUGGACCUGUUGAACUACCAGUACUUGGACAAGAUGAACAACAACAUCGGCAUCCUGUGCUACGAAGGUGAGGCUGCUCUGAGAGGCGAGUCCAGAAUGCCGGCCCUGUCCCUGUCCUCUGCAGUCAGCAAUCACAGGACAGGCCCUCCUCCCAUCAGCCCCAGCAAGAGGAAGCACAGCGGGGACCAAGCAGAUGACGGCAUCGACUGUAACGGCGAGCAUGUGGCCAAGAUGAGCCGGCUGUUUGCCGCACAGUUUGGCAAGCCUGCCAGUGGGGACUACCGCAAGGACCCCCGGGAUCGCAGCCGCAGCCCCAUAGAGCGCAUCGGCGCCUCCCCGAUGAGUCUCGUUGGUGGUCACCUGUAUGCCCACAUGCCCAGCCUGGCCAUGGACCAGCCUCUCGCACUGACCAAAAACAUGGACGCCACCCGCACUGUCGCCAUCUCGCCCACUGUCAGCCCCGUCGAGCGCCAGCAGAAUCGUCCCUCUGUGAUCACAUGUGCCCCAGCGAACAACCGUAACUGUAACCUCACCCACUGCACCGUGUCUCACAACGGCUGCUCGCCCGGCCUGACUUCAAGCUACCGCAGAGCCUCCAACUCGAACACGGCCUGCGACCCCGUCAUCGAGGAGCAUUUCCGCCGCAGCCUGGGCAAGAACUACAAGGAGCCCGAGCCGGUCACAAACUCGGUGUCCAUCACCGGCUCGGUGGAUGACCACUUCACCAAGGCACUGGGAGAGACGUGGCUGCAGAUCAAGGCCAAGGGCAGCUCCUCUGCGUGGGGACUACCCCUGGCCAUGGACCAGCCUCUCGCACUGACCAAAAACAUGGACGCCACCCGCACUGUCGCCAUCUCGCCCACUGUCAGCCCCGUCGAGCGCCAGCAGGUAACUCCAGCACUGCCAUCAUUUGCUCAGCCUCAUGUCAUUUUAAACUUGCAUGACUCUUGA